GGGGAGGGGCCAUGGUGCCAACCCAGUUGUGGGGGAGACUGGAGAAGCCGCUUCUCUUCCUGUGCUGCACCUCCUUCCUCCUGGGGCUGGCUUUACUGGGCAUACAGCCGGACAUCGCCCCUGUUGCUUAUUUCUUUCUCGCCUUGGGUGGCUUCUUUUUGUUUGUCUGCCUCCUGGCCUGUGUUCUGGAAUGGGGGUUGCGAUCAAUGCAGACGGAGAGCCCAGGGGCCUCAGGCAAUGCACGUGACAAUGAAGCCUUUGAGGUGCCAACCUAUGAAGAGGCUGUGGUGUUGGAAUCACAAUGCCGCCCCCAGUUGUUGGAUCAGCCACCCCCCUACAGCUGUGUUGUAAUCCCCCCAGAACUUGAGGAAGGACAGCCUAGCAAUCCAGAUGGCCCCGGUAGAGCCCGACUAGAAAGGCGAGUAGUGGGCUCAGAGGGGUCUAUGACCCCACAAAACUCCAGAAGAGAUCCAGUCAGCCUUCGGCUUCGGGGAUCCCGGGUCAUGUCUACUGCUCCUGAUCUGCAGAGCUUGAGGGUGCCCCCCAAAUUGGAGCCUCUUACUCCACCCCCUGCCUAUGAUGUCAGCUUUGGUCAACCUGAUGAUGAUGUUUUCUUUGAAAACAACUGGACGCCCCCGUAAAAGACUUUCCCACGAUACAUCAUCUCUGCACCAGACCCAUUCAUGCAUUUGACCAACAUUUCCCAGUGCCUGCUGUGUCAGGAACUGUGUUUCUGCAUGGGGAACUGAACACAGAGGGGAGUCAGGCUAUGGUAAGCCUUUUCCAGCUGAGAUGUAUGUGGCACAAUUUGAGUCUUCAGGUAACAUUCAGUGACCUACCCCAUAUCCGGUAUUUCCAGAGUUAGAUGGAGGGUAAGAGGAGUGAUCCAGAGAAUCUGGAGAAGGAAGAAAAGAAACAUCUGAGUGACAGCUAUGUUGUUUCUGUUCUGGGUGUUUCUGUCUACCAGCUCAAUUAGGCUUCCCAGCCAUGUGAGAUGUUACUACCCUCAUUUGAAAAAUGAGGAUUCCAAGGGACAGUGAAGUUUGAGAAUUUGCACAGGGGCACACUCCUAGUAAACAGCAUAAAAAUGAUUUUAACUGUACUCUUCUGAUCCCAAGUCCCAUUGUAUUUUCAAUUACAAGGUCAUCCACAAAAUCUCUCAAUCUCUAUCUUGGACAACUGCUGGACAGAGGUGGGAGACUUCCUAUAGGCAGAAUGGUGGAAUAGUUGUGUCUGCAGACAGUGUGGGCUGAGUGUGACCAAGAGUGUGCCCAGCCUCCUGGAUAAGCAAAACUAAUCAAAGCUGCGACAGCCCGUGCUCCAGGUAGGGAGCAGUUUCUGCCCAGGGGCUGAAGAGCAGUCUCUAAUGCUUCCUAGCGGGAAGCAACGGAGUAAACUGCCCCAGGGGGAGGGGCUUCCGAUUUUGAGAUGGGUGGAUGAGGGGCCAGAAGGAUAAAACUGGAGCUUGGCGAGGGGUGGCGGAGUAUCUAAGGCUCCCUCUUGAAUCACCUAUGAAGCGCUGGAGCCACCCGCACGGUGUCUAACCGUUAAGCCUUACCCCUGCGCUCUGACCACAGGGUUUUACCCCAGUCCCCCCGUCCAGCUUCCUCGGAUCCCACCAGAACACCAGAUUUUCUGGAAUCGUGCUGUGGCUGCGAUGCAGGUUUUAGCCACUGGGAGCGGCCCAACCAUCGACGACCCACCCUCCUCAGGGGUGUGCUCCCCACUUAGGCAUUCAUCCACUGUGCGGUAUCUGUCUAACGCCCUCCAGUGCUCUCCCAUCUCCCCCUUACCCUGGCCCCAACAGUUCAAUAAAGUCAAAAGUCC